UAUAUAUCCCAAUUGAUCCUGCGACACGACUGUGUUCAAUCUGCCCGUUAUGCCGCCGAUGCUCUUCUGGUACGAAUAUCUUUCGCUCUUUGGUUCCCUAGUCUUCGUUGUGCUGGAACGCGUCGUUGAGUUUAUCACCUCUUGCCUGCCGGAGUCGAUAAUAAAUGUCUGUUACAACCAAUCCAAGGCGCUGUUCAACUUCUUGUUACCCGGCGAAAGACAGGAUAAGCGUGAUAAACGAACAGGGUUCGCCUCGUCAAUAGCUGAAGCAUCGGACUUCACAGAUAUAUGUGCAUUGUUUGGCUAUGCAACUGAGGAACACAUUGUCCAAACCAGCGACGGUUACCUCCUGGGCCUCCACCGUCUGCCCUCUCGGAAAGGGGAAGAGCAUUUGCUGGUAAACCAGGGCGAGGGAAGCAUCAGGAAGAAAGUCGUUUACCUCCACCAUGGCCUGCUCAUGAGCAGUGAGGUGUGGGUGUGUAUGACGGACGAGCGACGAUGCUUGCCCUUCCAACUCGUUGAGAAAGGGUACGACGUGUGGCUGGGGAAUAAUCGGGGCAAUAAAUACUCGAAGAAGUCCGUCAAACAUUCUCCGGUGACCAAUGAGUUUUGGAGCUUUUCGAUCGAUGAGUUUGCUCUUUACGAUAUCCCAGACAGCAUAGAGUAUAUCCUGGAGGUGACGGGUGAGCCUUCUCUGUCGUAUAUUGGGUUUUCCCAAGGCACCGCUCAGGCGUUUGCAACUCUCUCGAUCCACCCGUAUCUGAAUCAGAAGGUCGAUGUUUUCGUGGCUCUUGCGCCUGCAAUGGCUCCUACGAGUCUCUCGAAUCCCACCGUGGAUUCUCUGAUGAAAGCGUCUCCCAACUUCCUGUUUCUCCUCUUUGGCCGACGGACCAUUCUCGGCUCCACUGUCAUGUGGCAGUCUCUUCUCUACCCGCCUAUCUACGCUCGCAUAAUCGAUACAGCAUUGUCUAUUCUCUUCAACUGGAAGUGCGAGAACAUUAGCCACUUUCAGAAGCUUGCGGCAUAUCCGCACUUGUAUUCAUUCACUAGCACUAAGUCGGUCGUCCAUUGGUUUCAAAUUAUCCGAAACAAGAACUUCCAGUUUUUCGAUGACGAGAUCCACGUGCCUUUGCCCUUUGGUAUUGGAGCGAGCGAGCGUUUCUACAAGCCUGCCAAAUACCCAACCAGAAACAUCAGGACGCCAAUCGUCCUCAUCUAUGGUGGCAGCGAUAGUCUUGUCAGCAUCGAUGUCAUGUUGGAACGACUCCCUCGAGGUACUGUGGCCAAAUGUAUUCCAAAGUAUGAGCACCUUGACUUCCUAUGGGCGACUGAUGUGGACGAACUCGUGUUUGGGCAUAUUUUCGAAGCCCUCGAACAUUACGACCAUAGCGCAGUUAUGAAGAGUCGAAAUGGGACUGCGUCUAGUUCCGAGAUCAGCGUGGAAGGUACGGAUCUCGAAUAUGGAGCGCGGGGACAAGCCAACGGUUCGAUUCCUAGAUCAUUAUGGAAACGCAAAUAUCAAGGACCUAUUCACUGUUAA